CGGCGCACCCCCCACCGCAGCCAUGGACGCCAUCAAGAAGAAGAUGCAGAUGCUGAAGCUGGACAAGGAGAACGCCAUCGACCGCGCCGAGCAGGCCGAAGCCGACAAGAAGCAAGCUGAGGACCGCUGCAAGCAGCUGGAGGAGGAGCAGCAGGCCCUCCAGAAGAAGCUGAAGGGGACAGAGGAUGAGGUGGAAAAGUAUUCUGAAUCCGUGAAGGAGGCCCAGGAGAAACUGGAGCAGGCCGAGAAGAAGGCCACUGAUGCUGAGGCAGAUGUGGCCUCCCUGAACCGCCGCAUUCAGCUGGUUGAGGAGGAGCUGGACCGGGCCCAGGAGCGCCUGGCUACAGCCCUGCAGAAGCUGGAGGAGGCCGAGAAGGCGGCUGAUGAGAGCGAGAGAGGAAUGAAGGUCAUCGAAAACCGGGCCAUGAAGGAUGAGGAGAAGAUGGAACUGCAGGAGAUGCAGCUGAAGGAGGCCAAGCACAUCGCUGAGGAUUCAGACCGCAAAUAUGAAGAGGUGGCCAGGAAGCUGGUGAUCCUGGAAGGAGAGCUGGAGCGCUCGGAGGAGAGAGCUGAGGUGGCCGAGAGCCGAGCCAGACAGCUGGAGGAGGAACUUCGAACCAUGGACCAGGCCCUCAAGUCCCUGAUGGCCUCAGAGGAGGAGUAUUCCACCAAAGAAGAUAAAUAUGAAGAGGAGAUCAAACUGUUGGAGGAGAAGCUGAAGGAGGCUGAGACCCGAGCAGAGUUUGCCGAGAGGUCUGUGGCAAAGUUGGAGAAAACCAUCGAUGACCUAGAAGAUGAAGUCUAUGCCCAGAAGAUGAAGUACAAGGCCAUUAGUGAGGAACUGGACAACGCACUCAAUGACAUCACCUCCCUCUGAGCCCCACGCCAGCGUGGCCACCUCAGCUGUCUUCUCUCCUCUCCUUUCCAUUCUCUCUAUGGGGAGGGGAGCAGGCAGGAGGAGCAGAAAUUGCCAACAUUGCACAGCCAGGCUGGGAGCAGCCUAGGGAGAGCCCCCAUCAUGCCCACCACCCACUCUGGCACUGGCUUCAUCCUUUACCUAUCCCCUUCCACCCCUCUUUGCUGCUUAAUAAACUCUGGACUUGAACUUGGUCUGCAUGCUGUUUUCCUGCCCUCCAGAGAGCACCUCUAUCGCCACCACGGAGCACUGGUUCACUCCUGACACCCUGGCUCUUACUGACACCCCCAGCCCCUGCACUGAGCCCACCCACAAAACACCAUGGCCCACGCUGAAACCCCUCUGCACGGGCACUCCCUGGCUGUCGCUCUCUGACUCACCGCUGCAUGUGGGCACGUGUGGCCCCAUCAAACCGUGACCCCCUCUGGUGCCAAUCACUGACCUCAGAGCACUUAGCUGGGGUUCCAGGAUCAAACAGAGUGACUGGAAAGGAAGUAGGGUGGUGAGGUGCAGGACAGGGGCAAGAAGGUUGCAAAAGGUCUGGAAUGGAGCUUGGAAAAAUGUUGGAUAUCAGCAACAUGGGGCUUUCACUGCAGCGGCAGGUCUGUUUUCUACCUCAAGUCUGUCUGUCUGGCCCUUCCUUUCCUGGCGCAGUCUUUGUCUUACCUUCUGUCUCCAACUUUCUUAAACCUUCUAAAGAAGCGGAUAAAGUAGUUUAUGACUCAGGCCUCCCCACCCCACCUCCAUGACCCCAAGGCCUUGAGUGAGGCAUCCACGUCCGUCCUGUUCCCCUCAUCCUGGUCAGUCCAUCUGUUUGUCCCUGCCAUGGGGCCCUGAGGUGCCUGAAUGCAUGUGUCUUCUUGUGUCUCCUGACCCACUCCAUGUCUAUAUGUCACCUUCCCCUGGCCCUGCCUCCCCACAUCUCCCCCUUGUGUCUCCCUUCUCCCUCACCUGCUGCUUCCCUCACAGAGACCUUGGCCAGUGCCAAGGAGGAGAACGUCGAGAUUCACCAGACCUUGGACCAGACCCUGCUGGAACUCAACAACCUGUGAGGGCCGGCCCCGCCCCCAGCCAGGCUAUGGUUGCCACCCCAACCCAAUAAAACUGAUGUUACCAGCC